AUGCGCAGUGACAAAUCUUGCUGUGGUGAAUUUCGAUCUCAAGCAGCCAAAGAUUUCUUGGGAGACGCAAUGAGGCUCCCAUCCCAAAGUUCUGUGUACAAGGGUUGUUACAACACAUUCCUCCAGGAAACCAUGAAUACAAGUAAGCGCUUCGGUGAUGCAGGACAACCAAAUGCGGAAGAAAAGGCACUUGGAAGUUGUCCAAUUUGUCCAUCUUUUUCUUUUAAAUCGAAGACUGAGAUGGAUAGACAUCAAAGCAUGUUUCAUCGCCACCAGAAGAUACCGUCCAAAGAGGUUCAACGUAUCUACUGCUCAUUUGAAGGAUGUGGAAAAAGUUUUGGUUCAGAGUCGUCCCGUAUGAAAAACAUGAACAUCCACAUGAUAAUUCCAAUCAACCGCCGCCACUCGAGUUUACAUUUGAAAACAACCAUUUCACCGAAAUUUAAACGUGAUGAAAACGAUUUACACGUGAAAAUUAAUGAAUAUUUGUUCUUAUUAAAUUCCAAAUUAAUUGAGAUUUUUCUAAUUGCUGGCCGUUAUUGUGCAAGCAAGGACGUGUGUUCGUUUGCUUGUGCGAGACAAAACUUGCGACUCCAACUGUUUCAAUUAACUUGA